GGAGCAGUAAAUUUCGCGUAAAAAUUGAAUAAGAUAUUAAUGAUAACAAGGCUGGCUGAGAUCGUCAAAAAGUGCGGAGACCUUUGCAGGGAUUAUGAGGCCUGUUUAACAUCCGCUGGGGGAGUUUAGUCUGUGAAUUUAAUGGAUAGAGAUGUAUAAAUAUCUCGUUAAAAUGUGGACAAAUGAACACUUAUUCAGAUUAUCAAAUGGACUGGGAACUUAUGUAAGAAAAUGUUAUUAAGCAGAUGCAACGCAGGUUACAGUUCACUCUUCGGCAUUUGCAAAACGUAACGCGCCGAGGUGCUGAUGUGUUCUUUUGUUAUAAAUUUAUUAUAAAUUAUGAUGUGAAAAUUGACCAACAUAAAAUGACAAUAGGAUCUAAAUCAUUCGUCGAACGAAUGGAUGCACUUCGUUGGAUUUGAGAGAUCUCAGUAGAUGCGAGUUUAUCGGACUAUAAGCGUUUCAUAACAGGCAAUUAAAACAUAAGGUUUAUUAAAUGGAGAAAAAACCAAGUGUGACAUUAAUACACAUAUAUAUAAAAUUGAUAAACGAUGCGGAUGGGAGUACAAUUCAUAAAGAACUUACUGUACCACUCUUUCAUUCUGGCAUGUGUAGAACAAAUGCAAACAUAACUGAGCAAAUUGCAACAGUACAACACUUCCGUGUUUUCUUCUAAUAAAGAAAUAAUGCAACCGGAAGUAAAGCUUUCCAGUUUCAUGUUUCAUCUCAAGUUUUCCAAGACGGACGAUUAUGUUCACGAGCACGAGCUCUACGAGCUGAUGCGCUCCCGGAACCUCUACCAGACGCAGUUUGGUGUCCGGUUGAACUUCCGAAAAACCAUACGCAACAUCCAGAAGGACGAAAAACAGCAACGGUACCACUUUGAGAACAACCGAAAGAUCUUCGUUCAGAAACGAAAGGAGCGGCAAGAAGCUGCGGACAGGCUUCGACUAGUGACGGCCACGAAAUUAGGUAAACUUUCCGUCAUGAAAGAUCCCAAGCCCAAACCGACGCGUACAUACGUCCCGCUCCCGCAAUCGACAGUCGUCUACACGGACCUGCCGGAAAUACAGAUGCCACUCUAUCAGCGGGACGAAGAAGAGGAAGAGGUUGCGAUGCCGUCAGAUGAGAACACGCAACUUCCGCUGACGGCACCGUCGCCGAGUAUGGUCACGACGGCGUUAACUGGAAGAAGGAAAAAGAGCAACGGCACCAUGCUGGGAUUGUUUGGUGGCAGGCCAGUUGUGUCAUCGAGUUCUAGUUUGAAAACGCACGAGCUGCUGGAUGUCGGAAGUUUGGCACCCACAGCCAAGGUGUUAGUGGCAGGCAGGCGAUCACACCGAACGUUGACAAUAACCGUAAAAUCGAAAGCGACCUCGAGGCAAGAUGAGUCUGAAUGUGAUAGUAGCGACACUAUGUCGCAGCUUAUGGUGAAUGAUGAACUUCUGGACGAACUGCGAAGUUUACGAUUAGAUAGCCACAAGAAGUUUGUAAAGGAAAACAAGUUUGAGUUGACAGCCAAGCUAGACCAUGAAAAAUCGGAAACCUCAACAAGUUAUGUGGCGAAAGAUAUAUUGCCGAAACUGAAUUCGUACGGAAAAUUGACGAGCGAGUCGAAAGCGAAAAUAUGGGCCGAAAAGCACGGUAUUCAUACCAGCAAAGCGGAUAUAAUAAAAGACCAGGACUAUCAACGUCUGCUAAUUGACCGGCCCUCUAAAUGGGCCAUGACCCACCACGGCGAUCUGGUCCAGUCGAAGAUACUGGACAUGAGGAUGAGAUACAGCCGGGAGAUGCUGAAUGCCAACUUCAAGAAAAAGUCCAGACAAUUGGAGAGGCUUUCGGAAAAGCUGAUGCUAAAGUCGCGGCUAUCCCUUCCGGAGCUGGAUACGAUGCCCAAGCCUAUGACAACGAUGGACCCCGGGGGUACCACGCCCGACGGGCGCCUGAUUCUCACCAAGGCGGACUUCGACGCCUAUCUCGCGAAUUACCGCAAGGCGCGGGAUAUUCGUCUGCAGCGGACGAAACAGAGAAACAAGCUGCUACUAAAGAAGAUCGAGAAUUUUAAUCUCCAACCGAACCACUGUCUGAAGGACGAAGCGCGUUUGCGAGCCUCUCUUCGGACCAUUUGACCGGGUUACAGAAUCUGUGAAGCCACACAUCGGACACUUUUGGCGAUUGACCGAUUAUUUUUACAUAUGUACAAAUGCUUAAGACAAUACUACCGGUAGUUUGAUUCUCUGUACCUGACCUUAUCAGGCAAUACAUGUAUAACCAUUGAUCGAUUCUUUGAUAUUCGCUUUCGGGAAUUUUGCAUGUAGGAGAAUUUGUUUAGGACUCGAAUCUAAAAUUAUAAACGGUUGACCAAAUGUAUGCCUGCAUUAAACUCAAAUAAGUA